UUAAACUUUAUUCAAUUUGUUUCUGUUAUGAGAUAUCAACUUUUUUGUUCACCAAAUAUGUCAAGUAUGAAAUGUACUGCUAGGAUUUGAGAUGCUUGUUGCUGGAGUUUAUGUGUAAUUGGAACACCAUGAGAUCAAUACCCAAAGCCUUGUAGUUGAAUUUUUCCGUGGUAGUAGCUCAGUUGGUUGACUAGCUAAACUUUCUCCUUGUUGCUGCAAAUAAAUUGUCUUGACAUCCAUAAAUGGAGAAGAAACAGCACAUUGCCAUAUUUACUACUGCAAGCAUCCCAUGGUUAACUGGAACUGCUGUCAAUCCUCUGUUUCGUGCGGCCUAUCUUGCAAAGGAUGGUAGGAUGCAGGUCACUUUGGUUGUUCCCUGGCUGCCGCUGAUAGAUCAGGAACACUUGUUUCCCAAUAAUAUCACGUUUGAUUCACACUUGGAGCAGGAAAAGCAUGUCCGUCAAUGGGUGGAAGAGAGGACUGGAUUUGAGUCGAAUUUCAAUAUACGUUUUUAUCCUGGAAAGUUCUCUCUAGAUAAAAGGAGCAUUCUUGCUUUGGGCGAUAUUACAGUAAUUAUACCAGAUGACGAAGCAGAUAUUGCAGUCCUUGAGGAGCCCGAGCAUCUUACAUGGUAUCAUCAUGGGAAGAGAUGGAAAGAAAAAUUUCGUCUGGUUGUUGGAAUUGUUCACACCAAUUAUUGGGAGAUUGUCAGGAGAGAGAGGAACAUAUUGGUAGCCCUCCUGAUAAAGUACAUUAAUGGCUGGGUAGUCGAUAUAUAUUGCCACAAGGUCAUCCGGCUAUCUGCUGCAACCCAGGAUCUACCGAGAUCUGUGGUCUGCAAUGUGCAUGGAGUUAAUCCAAAGUUCCUUGAGAUUGGGCUGAAAACUAGGGAGAAACAGCAAAAUGAUAACCAAGCUUUCAGCAAAGGUGUCUACUACAUUGGUAAGAAGUUGUGGAACAAAGGGUACAAGGAGCUACUUGAUCUUUUACGUGAUCAUCAAAAGGAACUUCCUGGAUUUGAGAUCGAUUUAUAUGGCAGUGGUGAGGAUUCUGCUGAAAUUGAGGUGGCAGCUAAAAAGUUGGAAUUGGCAGUUAGGGUUCAUCCUGGACGUGAUCAUGCAGAUCCUUUGUUUCAUGAUUAUAAGGUGCUCCUUAAUCCAAGUACCACAGAUGUAGUUUGUACAACCUCGGCUGAAGCAUUAGCUAUGGGCAAGAUAGUUGUAUGCGCCAACCAUCCGUCAAAUGAAUUCUUCAUGCAGUUCCCAAAUUGUCGAACAUAUGAUGAUGGUGAGGGGUUUGUUAAAGCUAUAGUCAAGGCAUUGUCUGAUGAGCCUGCCCCCUUGACUGAUGCACAAAGGCAUGCACUUUCUUGGGAAGCAGCUACCGAGCGCUUUCUGAAAGCAGCAGAGCUGGAUACUCUGCCAACAAAGAAUCAAUCAAAAACUACCACUUCAGAGCCUUUUCUCUCUACAUCACUAAACUUAACCAAAAAACUCGAGGAUGCAUCAGCAUUAGUUCACUUCGUAGGGACUGGAUUUCUGAGCUCACAACCUGAUGAAGAGCAAUGUAAAGAACUCGGCUUGAAAGUUCCUCCAAAGAGAACAGGCUUUUCUUCUGGAAAAUGGAUCUAAGACUGAGUCCAGAGUCUGGCAAGGCACAUAAUUUCGUCGUUACUGAUUGUAGUAUUGCUUGUGUUUGACUGCCAAGAAUAAUUUAGGAGUAACUUUUGUUGUUGUAAUGAAGGGUUUAAGGUGUUAGGUGUUGUAUAUUAAGUAGCCGAUUCCAACUUAUUUGGGAUUUGAGGCACUGAUGAUUGAUAGUAAGAAAUAUUAUUCUCUUGUACAUACUAUCUAGGUGGCUUUAUUCAACUUUAUUUAUUUGGAGAAAGGACUAAUCAACCAUUGUUGGUCU